GGGCAGCAGUUCUACAAGUAUAAAAGCCGUCUGCCGACACCAAUUGACCGGAAAGUUCCACCGAAACUCUUCAAGUAAACAACAUGAAAUUCACGCUGUUCGCGCUUUUUGCGGCCUUUUGUCUGCUCAGCGUCAAUGCUGGCACUCUAACGGUCGAGACGCCUCGCGAUGUGGACUUGGAGGCGCCAUUCCUGCCCAGUGAUGUGGCUGCAGCGGGAGAGGUUGAUGCCGAACAGUUCUGGAUCUUCUCGAGCGUGUGGUGGGCCAUCAAGACGAGUCUGCGCACCCUGAAGGGCUUCAACUGCAUCAUCAAGUGGGUGGUCGGCAUCAAGGCCAGCGCCAGUCAGUUCAGCGCGGACAUUACUGGCUGUGGCGUCACUGCCUCCAAGGAUGUGACCAAUCUGAUCAAUGCCAACGUCAAGAUAAUCCAGACCUGCAACGACAUCAUCAAUCUGCAGAGCAACAUCUGCAACACCACGUCCGACGAUCAGAAGAUCAGCAACAACUGCGCUGUCAAGACCUUGGCCAAGGUGUUCUCCCUCUACAAGCAGGUCAAGAACGCCGUCAGCCUGGCCAAGAAGAUCCCACAGACCGGUCCCAAUGCUGUUUCCUGCGUAAGCGAUGCCGUCAACACCUUGACUGCCUACUACACCCAGUUCCCACAAAACAUAGUCGCCUGCUCCAAGCUGACGAGCUAAACAUCCAACCCCCGUAUCGACUGUACUCCCCUCUUUUUUUCUCGUUUUUUUUUUUUGUUAUUUUCUUUGUAAUCUUUAAUGCUAUCAUUAUAUAAAAACGAUAAUCAGGUGCACCGCAA